ACGGAUGGAGGGUUGAUGGACGGAUUGACGGACGGAGGGAGGGAUGGAUGGACGGAUGGACGGAGGGAUGGAUGGACGGAUAGACGGAUGGAUGGAUGGAUGGACGGAGGGAUGGAUGGAUGGACGGAGGGAUGGACGGACGGAUGGAUGGACGGACGGACGGACAGACGGACGGACGGACAGAUGGAUGGACGGAUGGAUGGAUGGACGGAUGGAUGGAUGGAUGGACGGAUGGACGGAUGGACGGACGGACGGAUGGAGGGGUGGAUUGACGGAGGGAUGGAUGGAUGGAUGGAUGGACGGAUGGACAGGUGGACGGGUGGACGGAGGAACGGACGGACGGACGAACGGACGGACGGACGGAGGGACGGAGGGACGAAGGGACGGAGGGAGGGACAGAGGGAGGGACGGACGGAGGGACAAACGGAGAGACGGACGGAGGGACGAACGUUAUGGAUGGAGGGACGGACAUAUGGAUGGAUGGAUGGAUGGAUGGAUGGAUGGAUGGAUGGACGGACGGACGGAGGGAUGGAUGGACGGAUGGACGGAGGGACGGAUGGAUGGACGGACGGAGGGAUGGAUGGACAGAUGGACGGAGGGAUGGAUGGAUGGACGGAUGGAGGGAUGGAUGGACGAAGGGAUUGAUGGAUGGAUGGACGGAGGGAUGGAUGGACGGAGGGACGGACGAACGGACGGACGGACGGACGGACGGAUGGACGGACGGAUGGAUGGAUGGAUGGAUGGAUGGAUGGACGGACGAAAGAAGGGAUGGCUGGACGGAGGGAUGGAUGGAUGCAUGGAUGGAUGGACGGAUGGACGAAUGGACGGGUGGACGGGUGGACGGAUGGACGGGUGGACGGACGGAUGGACGGACGGAGGGACGGAGGGAGGAAGGGAGGGAGGGAGGGAGGGACGGAGGGACGGACGGACAAAGGGAGCGACGGAGGGACGGAGGGACGGAGGGACGGAUGGACGGAGGGACGGACAGACGGACAAACAGAGGGAUGGACGGAUGGACGGGUGGACGGACGGACGGACGGACGGACGGAGGGAGGGACAGAUGGAUGGAUGGAUGGAUGGAUGGAUGGAUGGACGGAUGGAUGGAUGGACGGACGGACGGAUGGAUGGGUGGAUAGACGGAUGGAUGGAUGGACGGAUGGAUGGAUGGGUGGAUGGAUCCAUGGAUGGAUGGAUGGAUAGAUGGAUGGAUGGAUCCAUGGAUGGAUGGAUGGAUGGAUCCAUGGAUGGAUCCAUGGAUGAAUGGAUGCACGGAUGGACAGAUGGAUGGAUGGAUGGAUGGAUGGAUGGAUGGAUCCAUCCAUUACACGUCAGAACAGCACAAAGGCUUGCCUUUCCGCCACUUUAUUUUCAUAAUGGAGGGGUGCGUGAAUUCUUGAGCGUACUACGGGAGCAUGCCCUUCUUGUGAGGUCAGCUGAGGAUGCAAAUGUUUAUCUGGUGAACGACAUUCAAGACCCUCUUCAGAGGAGCCUUUCAUCACUGGAUCUGUCAGAGGCAAUUCCACGUACAUCUCUGUCAUCUCCCAAGAAUCCUGUGGUUGGGUCCCAUCUCCUUUCCUCAUUUUCGGGUAAUCUUCCUGAAGUGGAUAGGGUUGAUGGAGAGAAUAGGGGUGCUAUUUCGGUGGAUGAAAACUCCUAUGGUGGUGGGGUUGGUGGUGGAGAGGAAGCAAGUGCAGAACAAAGUGCUGGACUGGAAGAGAGUCUGUCAUUCAUGCACCACAGCAACAACAAUGCCGGGUCACAUGCACAGGUGGCACUGCGUGAUGCAUCAAUACAAAUACUGGAGAAGUUCUCUAAAGUGACAAAAUUUGCUCGUGAAACGACUGCGCAGCUGUUUGGAGGACCUGGAGGGGGAUCCCUAGCUGGGGGAGGGCCUGGAGUCGACAGUCUUGUCCCCGUUCAUCCAGCAAAUCGCAGCAGUGUGGCAUGGAGCACCGGGCUCACCUCUCAGUCCAUGAUGGUCCUUCCAAGUGAGCGAUUGGAUGGAGAGAGGGCUGGGUCAACCUUUCAUGGACGAUCACCUCGUGUACGAAGACCAAGCUUUGACUCGGCUGCUGAUGCUGCAUCCCAGGGGAUCAAUGAAGAAGCGUCAACGAGUGUUGGCUCAUUUGAGUUGGUGGAUGGAUCACAGGAGGAGUCACCUGCUCUUGUUUGGGCGAAACCAAGGCCACCACCUCUUGGUCAGGAAGAGUGGACGUCAUUCAUGGAUGCUGAUGGUAGAAUAUCUGACCCGAAGGCCCUCAGAAAGCGUGUCUUUUAUGGAGGUGUGGAGCCAAGUAUCAGGAAGGAGGUGUGGAAAUUUCUUCUGGGUCAUUUUCCGUGGAACUCAACAUAUGUCGAGCGGGAGGAGUUGCAAGAAGCUAAGCGGGAAGAAUAUCAGGUGCUCAAGGCCCAGUGGCAGACGGUUUCUGACGCACAAGCGAAACGGUUUGCAAAGUUUCGGGAGAGGCGGAGUCGUGUGGAGAAAGAUGUGGUUAGAACAGAUCGAUGUAUACCAUUUUAUGAAGGUGAAAACAACCACAACGUGGCUCUUCUCCGAAACAUCCUGAUCACAUACUCGUUCUACAAUUUUGACCUUGGGUACUGUCAGGGCAUGAGUGAUUUGUUAUCACCCAUAUUGUACAUUAUGGGGGAUGAAGCUGAUGCGUUUUGGUGCUUCACAUCACUAAUGGAGAAUAUGGCCUCGAACUUCCACCGCGACCAAAAUGGAAUGCACUCCCAGCUCCUUUCCCUGUCUAAGUUGGUGCUGUUGCUGGAUCAGCCAUUACAUGAUUAUUUCCGGCAAGUGGACUGUCUGAACUACUUUUUCUGCUUCCGGUGGAUUCUCAUUCACUUCAAGAGGGAGUUUGAGUAUGACGAUGUUUUGCGUCUGUGGGAAGUCUUGUGGAGCCGCCACAUCUCCGAUCACUUUCACCUUUAUGUUUGUGUAGCAAUUCUGAAGCGUCAUCGGCGUAAGAUCAUGGAUGAGCAGAUGGAAUUUGACACUCUAUUAAAGUUCAUCAACGAGUUGAGUGGGCGAAUUGACCUGGAGUCGACGCUGAGAGAUGCGGAAGCAUUAUGUCGGGUUGCUGGGGACGCAGGGGUAGCCGCCAUGCCGCCCAAUCCUCAGCUCCUUGUCGACGACUUAUCAAGCUCCGAUCUGCCAUUUUCGCUCAGCCGAAACUGGUGGGUGUCCUUAUCUAUGGAUGAUUCGUCAGAAUUUGUUUCCAUACACAUACUCGCAACACACUUCCUGGUGAGCAGACGGAUGUAGGGAAUCAUACAAGUCGCUGUAAAGAUAGGUAAUCAGAAAUACGAGAUAAACUAUUAAACAUCCGAUAAAGCAAAUAUUUCCAU